CCAAAAAGACAGGACGAUGCACUGCAGUCGCCCAUCCAGCCCCAAAGGGCAGCGCACUGGGCGCAACAUUGUCUUGAACCAGCUCGCAACAUCCUUGGGACCAGCAUGGGCUACACCACCACCGCAAACGUCCCCUACCAUCAGUCCAUCCUCCCAGGUGACCCAUCACCCAACUCCGGGGCACAUUACCGCCAUCGCAUCCAGUAGACAGCUACGUAGAAGAAGAACACAGCAAACGGGCCUCCGCCUUGCAGCACCGCCGAUUUCGAUAUCCAGCAGGGCCAUCCGCCUAUCGCAUCCUGGACCCUCAGUUGAGCCAUCUCAAGCUCUUCCUCUGCAUGCACGCAAGCGAUCUCGACAGGAUCGACGUGAUGAGCAACGACUGAGAGAUGCCGCACACUCUUCUAGAUUGCCUGCCCACGGUCUCUCUAUCGACGAAUUUGAGCUCUUGAAGCAUCACCUGGGUCGGUCGGAUCGGGAAAGCUAUCUCAGGGUCAGGAAUACAAUGCUCUGGCUAUGGCGAGAAUCACCCAAGGAGCCUCUGACGCUUGCCAGAGCCUUUGAAGCUACCAAGAAUUACGGCCUCCACCAUGGACUCGUCGCUCACGUUUUCGAGUUUUUACUGAGAUCUGGAUAUAUCAACUUUGGCGGAUGCGCUGUUCAGGACGACGGCAUCAAGCAGGCUAAUCCAUCCAGGGCUGAAAAACAACGGACCAUUAUUGUCAUUGGUAGUGGCAUCUCAGGCAUUGCCGUCGCUAGACAGCUGGAAAAUUUGUUUCGACACUUCGCAUGGAGAUUCGCCCCAGAGUUGCCGCCAAAAGUAGUUGUGCUCGAGGCAAGAUCCCGGAUUGGCGGACGCAUACAUACGAUGGAGCUCACCACAGCUGCCUUCUCCUUGCCACCAUUCAGCCAACAUCACAAUGGAGUACACCAUCAUGCCACCUCAGCUGACAGCACCCCUGGGAAUAUAGCAACAGUUUCUGCAUCAGGGACGGCAACAGCAAUAAAAAGAAUACCAGCGAGGCAUUGCGUUGAUUUAGGAGCGCAGAUCGUUACUGGUUUUGAUGAUGGGAACCCAAUGGAGGUCAUCCUACACAGGCAGCUAUCGGAUCUCACGCUGCACUACUUUGUCAACAAAGCCUGUGAUCUGUUUGACGCUAAUGGCAAGCCAGUGUCAAAAGCAAUGGAUGCGCGUUGUGAGGAGGUCUUCAAUCAGAUAUUGGAUCAAGCAUGCCAACUACGUGAGAAGAACAAGUUGCCUGCCCGACUAGAGAAAUAUCUCUUGCAGAGGUAUCCAAAGGACUACAAGGCCUCAAGACAAGUGCGCUCGACCAUGUUACCAACAUUAGGCCACUCAAUGGACUACUUCAUGGAAUCUCAUCCCGAAUUCAAGUCCUGGACGCAACAAGAGCUAGGACUCAUCCAUUGGCACUAUGCAAACCUGGAGUUUGCGAAUGCCACGACUUUGGACAGACUCUCGCUUUAUCACUGGGACCAGGAUGAUGGAUAUGAGUUUUCUGGGCCGCACUGUAUGGUUGUACAGGGCUAUGGUCAGGUGCCUGAGGCGCUCUCACAGGGUCUUGACAUACGGCUCGAGAUGCCAGUGACCAGAAUCAAGUGGUCCCCAUCAACUUGCGUCAAGAGCAGCACCAGGAGACACUCAAGAGGACGCGAAAAAGAACCAGUUCGCAUUCAAUGUCGCGACGGAACAUCCUUGGAUUGCACGAUAGCUGCUAUUACGGUCCCUUUGGGUGUGCUAAAGAGCCAGCAAAUUGAUUUUUUGCCACCCUUGCCGCCGUGGAAAGAGCAAGCGGUUCGGCAUCUUGGAUUUGGCUUACUGAAUAAGCUUGUGCUUGUAUUUGAAAAGCCAUUCUGGGAUCCGGCUUCAGAUUUCUUUGGCUGCGUUGGACGUGGACAAGAAGAAUCGUAUGUAAAUGGGCAUGACCUCGAGUCGUAUCGUUCGAGCCGUGGAAAAUUCUACAUGUUUUGGAGCUGCGCUGCCGUCUCAGGUCUACCUGUCUUAGUGGCGCUUAUGGCCGGCCAAUCUGCAUAUGACUGUGAGCGCAUGCCAAAGGAAGACCUUGUUCAGGAGGCAUUGGAGACACUGGGAUUGAUCCACCCGCAUAUUCAUCCAAUUCCCAAUCCAAUCGAAACCAUUGUCACUCGCUGGUCCCAAGACGAGUUUGCACAGGGAAGCUACUCUUUUGUUGGUAAGGAGGCCAGAGGGGAGGACUACGACCUGUUGGCCAAACCUAUCGGUGAUCAGCUCUAUUUUGCCGGAGAGGCAACCUGUCGACAGUACCCUGCCACGGCCCAUGGCGCAUAUUUAAGUGGCCUCAAGGUUGCUAAGGAGAUUUUGGAUUCGUUGAUCGGUCCCCAAGUCAUCCAGAGCGCUCGUCGGGAAGAUAUAGCUGCUACUCGCACGGACUUCGAAGGAGGGGAUUAUAAUGCAGUGCGACCGCAAUCAUCAAAAGAAAGUGACAGUGGCAGCGACAUUCAGCACCCAUACGGACAUUCUACGGAGGACACGCAUUAUGAGGAACGACCCCUGCUGCAAACCGCUACAGACUUGUCGUGCGCCAGUCUUGACCAUGGGUUUGUGGUUCCACGUCGAAGGGGCAAGAUUGCCAGUAGCCUGGUUGCCGAUUUUGCAGCAGAGCUCAGCGACAGCGACAGCGAUGAAGCGUAUGCAGAUAAGAAGCGAUCGGACCUCGACAUGAACCAGACCUUCAUUGAUUUAUCUAUGGAGGCAUCCAAGAUCACAUCUUUUGACAAGCACACGGACAUCAAUACCAGUAAAAGGACCCGGCGUGACCACAUGCAUCUAUCCACCCCUGCGUUCCAACCCCGAGCUAGGACUAGUGCAGCCAAGCAGCAUGGGAAGUGUGGUCCAGGUCGACCGAGAAAGGCGUGUUAGGGGCAGUCUACACCCAUUCAGGACCUGUACAUGGGUGCAAGGUGGUAUAACUGUUUAAAAAGUUAAUGCAAAGAGGACAUGCAGUU